AACAACGAAGAAGAAAAGGCGGAAGUUAAUGAGAAUGCCCAAACUGACCGGCGGCAUAAAGAAACGUCCGCGUCAUUGCUUCCAUUUAUGUUUUAUUGUUUAUCUACACGCUUUAUAUUCCUGUCACAAAACAACGAAGCCUCGCAAUGGCUGCCCAGUGAAUAAUCUCGCCUCGAUACACGUCUGGAGCUCCAGUUAGCAUCCCGUGCUAAAGUAGCAGCCAUUCUGAAAAUGUGUAAAGUCCAAAUGCUGAGAUCCUGGGUGAGUGAGCGGCUAACUGCGGCUGUUGAAGAGAUAUUUGUCGUGUUAGAAAGAACAAUAGCCGAGUACGAGGGGGAGCUUUCUCGGACAAAAGCGGAGAACGAGCGACAACGUCAACGAUUGGAAGCUGUUUUCAGGAAGCCUCAAAUUGAGUCACAUGGAUCAGACACCGGAGAGGAAGAUCUUCCCCUCAAGCAGCCUGAGAGGCAGGAGGGGCCACAGCCCCCCAACAUUAAAAAGGAAGAUGAGGAGCAAGGGUGGACUCGGCAGGGGGCCGACAUCAGCAACGUCCCAGCGACUCGUGCAACUGUCCAGAGCGAAGGCGAUGAAGACGAAGCCCAGCGGUCCCAACUUGGUGGAAGUCAGAGUGGUGAGAAGAGGAGAUCAGAGAGCCUCACAGCGCCGCUAUCGGACAGUGACGACACCGAUGAUGGAGACUCUAAAGAUGAUGUGACGUGUCGCACGGACAACAAACACCUCACCUGGGAAAUUUGUGGUAAACGAUUGGCCCUGAAAGGCACUUUGAUCGCACACAAAAGAAUACACGCCGGACAAAAUGCAUUCUGGUGUUCGGUGUGCAGCACAAGUUUUUGCGAUCGUUUCAUGUUGGAGAGGCACACGAGGACGCACACUGGUGAGAAACCUUUUGCUUGCUCACUUUGUGGUAACAGCUUUUCUCAAAAAUGCAACUUGAUGAGGCACACGAGAACGCACACGGGAGAACGCACUUUUUCCUGCUCGGUGUGCGACACAAAGUCGACUGACGGCACAGCGUCGGCGCACACCUGCCAGAAACCGUUUGCCUGCUCCGUUUGCGGUAAGCGAUUCUCCCAAAAAGCCAAUUUGGUGACGCACAUGAGGACACACACCGGUGAGAAACCUUUUCCUUGUUCAGUUUGCGGUGAAAGAUUCUCUCUGAAAGACAGCUUGAUGAAGCACACUAGGAGACACUGAUUCUCUCAGAAGUACACUUUGUUGACACACACACGAAGGCACACUGGCGAGAAGCCUUUCAGCUGCAGCACGUGUGACAAAACCUUCUCCUGGAAAUACCUUGUCAGCAAACACAAGUGCAGCAGGAAAUGAGCCUGCAGGAAUGGCACUCUUAAAAAAAAGAAAGUGGGGGGAUUAGAGGUGCUUGCAUACAUCAACUGCUCAUCAAAUCUCACACAUUUGGAGCAGAAAUGAGUGGUGCAAAAGUAAUGUUAUGCAUACAUUUGAAUUGUUAAUGAAUUGUUAGUUAAUUGUUAAUUGUUUUCAGACCCAACCACGAUAAGUGAAGUUCUACCAUAAUCUGCCUUUUCAGUUGUAUUUCUUUGGAUUUCGUGCUUCCUGAGACAUGUCUGUUUUAAUGUAUUCCACCCACCGCCGCCUCCUCCAGGCACACCCACUAUGCUGUGGCUGGUCACAUUGCCGAGUGCAUGGAAAGACUUCUGCUUUGUGCUGCUAACUUGAUAGGAGCUGAUAAUAAACAGCGAUUUAUCUUUUUAAAAUGUCCGCAUUUAACAUACAGCCACAUGGUAAGUAGCUUUAGCAUUUUCAACAUCGCUAAUGUGGAAAGUGUUUUGCGGGACUAUCAGUAUGUAAAAAAAACCCAGGAAGAGACACUAAUUGGGGUGGAAUAGGCUAUUAGCAACCCCGCUUCCUGCAUGCACACUCUAUAAUGCUACACAGACAUGCACUCUUCUUCACACAAAAUAAACACAGUUAGGAGUCUGAUAAAUUGCUCUUCUGACUCUUCCACACCACCAAGUAACGCUGCAUAGUGGCCCGUAGACGGAUCAAAACACAUUUCUUUUGCUGGGAGGGAAUCAGGAUCUCCAACCACUUGUGCCUGAUGGUGGCGUCUUUUUAGGAAUUGUCAACAAAUGUGGCUUUCCCUUACGAGCCAUUGCUAGCAACAAAAACAGAGAAGGAGAUCUUGGGGGAGGGCAACCUCUCCACCCUUCUCAGCACAGUCAAGGGGCGCACGAGGAAGGAAACAAUAUCUGCAGCAACGACCUCUCCCGCCGACCCCCGGAAAGAGGGUGAGGUGUCAGGUCAAACACAGAUGAAGAACAAUCACGCCACCGCACAAUCACAAUGUGUUGACUGCUACAAAUACAAGUGUGGAACAGGAGAACGGAGGACUUUGCAGUGCCGGGUAUGUUUUGACCAGACGCACAGCUGAGUGUGGACACUCACUCACUUACUAACUCACUUACUAACUCGCACAGCAACAUUGUAAAUGAUGUAAGUGAACUAUGUGUAGAUUCUG